GAGAUUACCUUCGUUUUCGUUUACAUUCGUUAGAGCUGGGGUUUCUGAGGAAUACGAUGUUCUAAUGUAAUUAAGAUUUCGCUAUGAUUUGGCCGAAAUUUUUUCUUAUCGGCAGUCAUCCUUUCCUGAUACAGGUCCCAUCUACCUGUUGAUCAUGUCUCGCCAGCGCACGGCUUCGACAAAUGAGCAAUUUCAGAACAUCGAUUCUCCCAGUCCCACCCACAAGCGUCGGACGGGCCACAAUGAAAACCGCAUCACCCCACCGUCAAAUGUCCGUCGAUCUGCCACCGCCAGCACAACCGCCCAGAAGUCGUCGGGCCGUCGCAGGCAUUCUCCACCGCAUCGUCCCGCCAACCCACCACCCGCCGGGAAGCUGGAGCGUUCUGUUUCUAAUGCAAGCGACAUCUCCACAACGAAGCAGUUGCGGCAGACCCGUUCGCCUGAGCGGCACACUAAGGUUUUGUCGUCGCAUCAUACCACAUGCUUCUCUCCCGGCGGCGGCAGGCACACUCGAGCUUCCUCCACUGCCUCACCCGUGGUCAGUCACAGAAGCAAAGCUUCACGAAGACCCAUCGUGAGGGUAUCGUCCGCUGACUUGUCGGACGGAGGCAGCAAUGUUGAUUCGUUGACCACCUCGAAACGGGCCAGCGUCCCUAUGAGUUCGAAACUUCCAGGGAGUCUUGUUGCCCGGAAAACGGCCUCUCCAGCGAGGUCAGUGUCGGAACCUCACGAUGUCUGUGCCGGCAUUGGACAUCGUGAGUCGAGUCCGCCAGAAAAGUCGAAGGAUGAGGAGUCUUCAAGCGAGGCCUCACCACCGUUUCGGAAGUUGUCUCCUCGCUACAAUAUUCGCCUCAUGCUUACGAACACUCCGAAGAAUGAGGAGAAAAAUGAGGAUAGCGAAGUCUGUGAUAAGGAAUCUUUAGCAAUUGCCAUGACGCGCGAAUCUGAUAAGGAGGAGAACGUCACGCGUUUAGAUGAUGAUAAGUCAGCAAUUUCGUCCCCAGUUUCUCCAAGCAGUGAGAACGAAAGGACGUUAAUGCGUUCUCCAUCGGCUAAGUCCCCUAUAGGGACCGAGGGUGAUCCGACUGUCGGUCAGUCGGUCGAGACUUCCAAACAAGACAGUGAUGGAUCGACACAGGACUCCAAGUCUGUUGAUGUGACCAAAACUGUUGUUGCUGAGGUUCGUGAGGACGAAGCUGAGAAGGCGCAAGCUACUUCUCCCGAUGGGAGAUUCCUAAAAUUCGAAGAAGAAAUUGGCCGAGGAUCUUUCAAAACUGUUUACAAAGGCUUGGAUACCUUGACGGGUGUCGCUGUGGCUUGGUGUGAAUUGCAGGAACGUUUGAACAAAAAUGAACGCCAAAGGUUUCGAGAAGAAGCGGAAAUGUUGAAAGGACUUCAAAAUCCAAACAUUGUUAGAUUUUAUGACUAUUGGGAAAUGGAUUUGCCACCGAAAGGAAAAUAUUUGGUCCUAAUAACCGAAUUAAUGACUUCAGGGACUUUGAAAACGUAUCUGAAACGUUUCAAGAAAAUUAACACCAAAGUGAUUAAAUCUUGGUGUCGACAAAUCCUGAAAGGACUGCACUUUUUGCACUCCCGUCAGCCACCUAUAAUUCAUCGUGAUUUGAAAUGUGAUAAUAUUUUUAUUACUGGAACUACAGGUGCAGUGAAAAUAGGAGAUUUGGGCUUAGCUACCCUGAAAAAUCGCUCUUUCGCCAAAAGUGUUAUUGGCACUCCGGAAUUUAUGGCACCAGAGAUGUACGAGGAAAAUUACAAUGAAUCCGUAGACGUCUAUGCUUUUGGAAUGUGCAUUUUGGAAAUGGCUACAUCUGAAUAUCCAUAUUCUGAAUGCACUGGACCAGCUCAAAUUUACAAGAAGGUCACCAAUGGUAUCUUGCCCCAGAAUUUCAAAAAAGUUGAGCAGCCAGAGCUAAGAGAGAUAAUUAGUCUUUGCAUUUCAUCUUCAAAGGAAGAUAGGCCUACAGUGAAGGACCUCCUGAUGCACGAAUUCUUUCAAGAAGAUGUUGGUUUGAAAGUGGAGUUUGUUAACAAAGAAGAAAGCAUCCAAAGUACUUCCAGCAAAGUUGAAUUAUGGCUACGUCUUUUAGAUGCAAAGAAACGAAAGGAAAAGCACAAAGAGAAUGAGGCCAUUCAGUUUGAAUUCGAUAUUGAAAAUGAUAAUUGUGACGAAGUUGCUCAAGCUAUGGCUAAGAAUAACAUAAUCUUGGAUGAAGAUAUUAGAACUGUUGCAACGCUUAUUCGCAAUCAAAUAUCAUAUUUAACCAGAGAAAGGACUAGGUACCAAAACAAAUUAGCACAGCAAGAACAAAAUCUAAAUAGACCUCAGCAGUUAACUCCACAAGUCCAGAGUAGCAAUAUACAAACUCAACAACCUAUUCAGCAAGUUCAAAUUCCAGUAUCACAUCAAUAUCAAACUAUGUCGACGCAACAGUCAGAACAAAUGAAUGCCCAGCAAAAAAUUAACCAGGAGAUGUAUCAGCAACAGAUAUAUCAAACUCAAAUGCAACAAAUGCAAUUACAUUUAAAUCAGCAAAUGAAUCCUGUAUCUCAGCAAUCUCAGCUUCCUUCUCAAGGCUUUGAAACACCCGAUUAUCAAAUGCACCAGUUACACAUGCAAGUAUCGCAGCUUCAAGAUGUAUCUGCCCAAACUGGUCAGAUACAGCAACAUCAGAACCAACAAAUGUUAUCACAGCAUGGACAAAUGCAAAAUCAGCAACUUUCUAUGCCUUCUCAUGUGCUUCCUCCUAAUAUGUCUGUAUUCACUUCAACAUCGCAGUUACAAAAUCAAUUGUUACAUUCACAACAAUUGCAAGCUGGGAAUCAAGCUGUUUGCUCCCAGUAUCAAGCAGCCAACCAACCAUAUUCACAGUACCAGCAUGUUCCUUCUCAAAAUUUGCCCACACAGACAUCAACUGGUCGAUUUACUAAUCAAGUUCAGCCAACUUUACCUGAUGGUAGUGUUUUGUCUCCUGAACAGUUUCAAAAUCAAACCCAACCUCAGCCUUCUCAUUUUGUUCAACCAGUAAAUGGAUCUGUGCCUGUAUCUAACCAAUAUCCACUAAAAUGUCAACAACUUCCAUUACAAAAUAUUGCUUCAAGUUCUAUAAUCUCAAAUCAGCAGUCGUCUCCUGUAAUUUCAUCACAGCAUAAUUUUGGCCAGCCAGUACAGAGUGUUGCAGCUGCAUGUGCAUCUCAACAAAAUCAAGUACAGCCACACAUGCAAAGUCCACAAAAGAUAAUGUCUUCCCAGCCAAUUCAAACUUCGAUUCCUAAUAUUAAUUCUACACAGGUUAUAUCUAAUAAUCAAACAUCUGUGUUUAAUCAACAAAUUCAUCCUCAGAGUCCUCAAAAAACAAUGUCCCCUCAGCAAAAUCAUCCACCAAAUUUACCAUUAUCAUAUCAUCCCCAAAGUGGGACAGAUCCAAAUCAAAUACAAAAUGUCAAUAUUUCUAACAAUGCCCCUAUGAUGUCACAAAUUGUCCAGUCUCCUGUAGUAAAUCAACAAUAUCAAGAAGCAUCCCAAAUUACUUCUCAACUUCCAAACUUUCAAGAACCUCAGCAAGCUUAUGUUCAACAUCAAAUAUCUGCAUCUAACAUUUCAGUUCCAACCAAACAGAUGAACCCAGAGGAUGCUUAUAUUGAUCAAGAAUUCUUAGAAAAGGGAACAUGUAAUCAGCUUAUUCAAGACUCAUUGUCUCGCCAGGCAUCUCUAGAAUCAGAUGGUAUUAGUGGUACACCUGAUGAAAAAAAUUUACCUCCAAGUAUGACUACAAGUUUGACGUCUGAAAGUUUUUCAGCAGAUAUCACCCCCGAAUCAUCUCAACUACUGUCUGGAGGCCACCAAUCUAAUGUAGCACCGUUAUCAUCAGAUCAGACCGGGCAAAAGUAUAUCUUCAUUCCUGGUAUUCAGGGAACUGCUCCAUCUAAUGUUGAAAGCCAAGCAGUACCACAGAGGCAAGAUCAAGGGAAUAUGCAGAUUCCUAACAGUCAGUGUGGAGCCCAGCCACUUCAAGAUCCUAACCUCUCAAAUGCAAGAAUAUCUGGAAAACCUCUAGUAGGUUUUUCCGCUUCCUUUUCCCAUGCCUCUGUGGGACCAGAUACAAGUCACUUUGUUCAACAUGAUCCGAAUUAUCCCUAUUCUUUUUCAUCUCAAAAUUAUACCAACAUGUGGAAUACUAGAUCUACUUCUCCACUUCCUAGGGGUUCAUCUAUUUCUAAAAGCUUCUUUCCCCCAAAUUCUAAUUGCAGAGGAUCUAGUUUUAUUAGUUCUUCAAAUGAUGGCUCCAAUUCCCCUGUUUAUGUUGUUGUUCAACCAGGAAACUUAAAUACACAACAUAUGGCCAAUUGGAAUACUGAUGGACAGGUUCAAUAUAAUCAACCUGAAGGCUCGGCUUCUAUGAAUAAUAAUUUCAAUCAAUUUAUUUCUCAAAAUGAUGCCAGUUUUUGCCCUGUCAGAUCUAUAUCUACAUCUUCUUUGAGUCGCUCUCCAUCUAUGCAUUCACUAGGGAAUUCAUGGGUUUCUCAAACAUCACUUAGUGUUCCUAUGUCUGAACAGCAUCCAGGGAAAUAUGCUAAGUAUGUCAUACCCGUAGGUAGUAGACCUACUUCACCUGUUCCAUAUUAUCCUGUUAGGGUUGAAAAUGAAUCUCCACUUUCAACACCUCCACCACAAAUCAUAUCAACUCCUCCAUCUUUACCUACACAUGUUAUACAUCCAGAAUCGAGAUUGGGUUUUCCCGUAAUAUUUUCUCCUAAAUCUUCACCGCCUCCUACACCAGUUCUUGUUCGAUCUCGCUCUGCUACUCCAGUAGGGAAUAUGGAUUUACCCUCUCAAACUUACUUAUAUGAUACACAGAAUGUAAAUAUUCCUUCAAAUGCAAAUAAUUUAAACCAAUUUACGAAUCCUCCGUCUCCAAUCUAUCGGUCACGAUCAAAAACAUUUGGAGGGUUAGUUGGUCAACAAAUAAAUAGGAAUUUUGUGCCACAAUCUGUUGAUCCAAGACAACGAUUAUCUCCCUCUGUAUUAUCUCAGCUUUCAAAAACUAAUGCUGGAGAUCAAUAUCACAAUAGUUUUACAGUUAUUCCUUUUGAUCGAUCACAUAGCCAUACUCCUAUUCAUUUACCUGACAGUGGGCCAUUUAUUGCUUCUUCUCCUUCUCGUUUAUUCUUGUCUUUGGCUGUGGAAAAUAGCAAAAAAUGUAAUCCAUCUCCUGAUACUUCUCAGUGGCCUUUGUAUCAAACUCAUAAUAAUCCUGAUGAUUAUCAUUGUGUUCAUUAUAAUCCUACUAUGCAACAAAAUGUUGUGCAUAGGCAAAAGAAAACAUCCGAGACCAGUUUCUGCCAACCUGGGUUCAACCAUCCUACAACCUUUUUGCCUCCAGGUUCAAGCAGCGAUCAACGCCUCAGCCCUGUAGGUCUGAGAACUGUUUCAUCCUGCUAUAAUGCCUUGAACAACUUCCAAGUCGAUCAAGUGAAGGAAAGCGCUUCACAUAUUCUACCAUCUGAGUCUAAUAAUGCUACACCUAUUUCUGAUGAUUCGAAGAUUGCAAGCAUACCAUCUACAGAAAAUGUUGCAGAUACGGAACAUGCUCCAGACAGUACUAAACACCAAAAGGCUGAAAAGAAGAAAGUUAAGCGUCGCAGAACUCAAGACCGCACUCCUAAAUUAACUGUGAUAAGUGUUGAAGAUACAAUGGUUGAGUGUCAGUUGGAGUCAACCAAAGGAAAAACUGUUACAUUCAAAUUUGACUACACUGAUACUAGUCCUGAAGAGAUUGCUAACAAAUUGGUAAUUACUAAUUUACUUGCUGAAAACCACGCAGAGAUAUUUACUGAUUUUAUCCAAGAAGUUAUUCGGCAGCUAAAAGAAAAUCCAGACAAAAUUCCUGUCAUACAGUGCCUUGAUUCUGUAUCUGGAACUUGUAGUCCUCCUACAUUAAGGAGACAAACUCUGCGCGACCAUUUAGAUCUUGAAAAGAACUUAAGCAUGGAUAGCCAAGACAGCUCUUUGCCAUCAACUCCUCAAGAUUAUGAGAAGGAUUGGUCUCCAAAAAAGCAAGGUUCACCCUCGAAGCUUGUAAAACCAUGUCUCCCUACUGAUUCUGUGCCAGUUUCAGCAGCGAUCAUGUCAACAUCAGUAUCUGAGAAGCAGGCUGUACAGUCUGCUUCAGAAGCAAAAGGGAAUGAAACACAGCAGAAAGUAGAUUCUGCACCCCUUAGUAAGCAGCCUGCUAAAGUACAGACGAAUACUGCUGCAGGGUCACCAGAAGUUUCUAUAGCUUCAUCAGAUGGUUUUUCAUCUCAAAAAACUGAUUUACAACAAUCUGAAAAUCAAAGUGUGCUUUCUGGAGGUCAAGGCAUUAUAGAUCAAGCCAAAAGAAUUCAGGAUUUUAGCAGUAGCAGCAGUAGUGGUGGAAGUACUCAGCAUUCUCAACAACAAAGAGCUAUAGUUCCCGAUUUAAGCAGUUUGCAAUUGAAAUUGGCACAAUUGACUUUCACUGGAAGUAGUAUUGCAAAUGAUCCUGGUUUAAGUUGCAGCAAUGCCCAACCCUUACAAAGUGUUGCACAAAUACUUGCACCUUCUUCUGUUUCUUCUGUUUCAACUAAAAGUAAAGACGUGGAACAGAGUAACCCAGAAAUAUCUGUUGCUGCAUCAACUAUGCAAAUGCAAAUGACAUGUGCACAUACAACUUCGAUUGUAACUCCAGUUGCUCUGCCACUUGCAUCUGCUCAUUCACAAAGUAGCAAAGCAUCGUUAGCACCUUCUGAGAACAUAUCGGCUCGAAGACACACCGUAGCUACAAAUAUUGAAGGUUUGAAAUUGGAACUUCAAAAAAUCCAUACACCCUCUGUGCCAUCUGUGAACUUAAAGAGUAAUAUUGAACAAGGUCUUCAGGCAAUAUUUUCAAUUAGCAGCACUGCUCAAACCGUGACAACUCCUGCUCACUCCAAUUCAUAUAACCACACUCAUCAGCUCUCUACAUCGACACCCUCACUUAAUACCCCAACUGAACCAUGUGGAACUGUUACCAAAUCUCCUAUGAUAGUACCACCUCCACUUCCUAAUAUUUGCAGUCAGCAAAUUGAUCCAGCUCAUCAAAAAAGUGAAACAUUAGAAGUGCCACCUACAAGCAAUGUGUCUCGUUUCAAAGUUACUCCUGUGCUUGAAACACCAACAAUUCAGUCAGCUUUAAUUCCUGAUCCUGUACAUAGUGUAUCUAUUCCUGUUACCACCGCCCCGGAGCUUAAUGUUAAAAAACAAGGAAGAUUUCACAUUACACGUGUAGCUGAUGAAACUUCAGGAAAGCUUAUGCAGUCAUCUUCAAAUGAAGAUUUGUGCAAAAAAGCUGUUGUGAGUAAUAGCAGUGUUACAGCAGAGCCAGUGCAAAUCCAUGCUCCAGCUGGAAAAUUGCUUUCUCAAGAACAGCAAAUAGUACCUGGAUAUACUACCCAGACACUUACGCUUCAACAUUCUUCUAGUAAUCCAACAUUAAUGUCAUCUCUUCUGCAAGCUACAGUACCUCACUCCCAAAGUUUUGCAACCAACUUCACUCGAAGCAUAUCUGAUAUUGGCGUAGCUGAGGAUCAAUCUGCCAAGUUGGGUGCUGUAGAUUCUAUAAUUUCUCACAGUGUUGCUAAACCUACUAUUCAUUUACCUAUACCGAAUCCAAAUAUUGCUCAUGCUUUGGUUUCUAAUGUUCAGACUACUGAUUAUAACGUCAAAUUACCAGAUGUUAAUUGCCAUGACAUAUCUAGUAUUCAUUCAGAUAACAUGAAAGCUUUUCCAACUGCACCAGAGCGAUCUAAUAUUUGUGAUCCAGAUAUUGCUAAUAAGCAACUUCUUGCAGAGAAAGUAAACCCAGUUACUUCUAGUAUUUAUAAUGAAUUUGAAAAUAAGGAAGUUCCUGUAAGUGAUAAUUUGCCAGUUGCUAAUCAGUCACUAAUAGUUUCAGGUUAUGGUAUUAUUUCUUCUUCUCAGUAUAGUGUUUUGCCAUCUUCAAAUCUGAGUUCUAGUCUCUCAUCUGCUAGUGGUGAUAGUUACAAAAUGCCUUUAAAUAGUUUACAAACUCCUGUUAAUGCAGUAGAUGCCCAAAAAAUGAUUCACUGUCUUCCUGUGUCUGGAACAUUAGGAAAUGUAUCAUAUUCAGGGGUAUCGUCAUCUCCAGCUAUGAAUCAUAUGAUUCUUUCUGGUCCUGAAACAAUUAAUAAGGUUCCUGAGAUGUCUCAGUUUACUACUGCCUCGCAUCAAAUGAUUCAGUUACAACCUUCCUAUUUAAAGGAUGCAAAUGCUAAUCCGUUAUAUUGUACUUACAGUUCAGAAGAUGGAAAACAUCUCCAAAUACCACAACCUGAAGAAGAAAAUAAAAAUUUCGAAAUACUAGAAUGCAAUGAUGAAUAUUUGAAAGUUAUUCUAGAAAGGCAAGAACAAGAGAGACAGGAAUUAUCUAGAAGACAUCAACAAGAGCUUCAGUCUUAUAAAAUGCAUCAUUUAAGGACACAUUAUGGAGGAAAAUGUUGUUUUCAUAGCAAAAGUCCUCAGAUAGCUGUUGCUAGUAGUCAGACCGGAAAUGACACAUUCUCAAGUUAUGGCACUUCCUUACAUCAUUCCAAAGACCAAGUUGCUCCAGAAUGUGCUGUAGGUUUGACUGCUAAUCAAAAUAUACAUCUUAAUUCUGGAAUUGUGGGUUGUGAAAUGGACCAAAAAGCUUAUCUGAGGUCAACUGACAUGCAACAGCCAACUAAAAAAUCCUUGCCUAUUGGGGAGGCGCUUCAAGCAGCUAACAUAAUUGUAAAUAAGCCAAGUGAGUUUGGAGUUUCAGCUAAUAUUAGUCAAUCUGACAUUAAGGAAACUGUUAGUCACCAACAUGUUAGAGAUAGCAGCCAACAGAUAUUAAGCAGUGGUGUUUUAGAUAUGAGCUCCAUACCAGUUGGACAGCAUUGUGUUGACCUUUCUACUGCUGAUAUUUCUGAUCCGUCACUGACUAAAUUUAAUAUGCCUCAAUUACAAGUUCAUGAUGUACAUACUAAUAGAAACAUGGCAGCCUUAACUAAAAAGCCAGUGGUUCAAAUACCACUUGAAGUAGCUCCUCAUUCUUCUCCUCAAACUGUUCGCCGCAUAAUAAAUGCUACAUCUGCUAUUAAUGUUAACCCUGCAUUUCAUCACGUAUCUCCCCUUAUUUCCACAUCUACAUCAGUUUCGCAGCUUAAUUCGGAAAACGAAACAUAUAAUGGGCAUUCACAUAUAAUAAAUGUUUCUUUGCCUUGCUCACAAAAUUCAGAUGUUAUUGUCAGUUCACCUUCCAAGCCCUUUUUACCCCAGCCUGACAGUUAGAUGUGCAUCAUGUUCUGUUAAGAGCAACCACUUUUAUUGUGAUAACUUAGUGUAUUUCUCUAAAGAAUUCUUAAGAUUCUUAUAUGUCAGUUUACAAUAUUCCCCUAUUUUGAAUAUAUAUAUAUAUAUAUAUAUAUAUA